AAAAAAAUGUUCCAAUUCGGCUGCAUCAUCAUCAUCACCAUCAUCAUCGCGCGUCUAGCCAGAUACCUACCUCCUUCGACUGUGCCUCAUUGCCCUCUGCAAUUCCGCCUGCCCCAUCUCCAAUUUCUCCUUUCCGGACUCUACCCCAUCUUUUGAGGGCCAACAAUCAUUUAAAGCUGCCCUUACACUUGCAUAUCACCUCAAAAACGCAGCCUCGCCCAACUGCCCGUCCGACAUGUCCUCAUUAGGAACUGAAGCGUCGUCCAUCCGACCUGCGGCCAUCAUCUCCAUAACGGCCGCGACGUUGAUCACCGGUCUGGCAGCAUAUGCCGUGUACUUUGACUACAAGCGACGCCACGACGUCGAGUUCCGCAGAGCCCUCAAGCGCGACUCCAAGCGAUCGCAAAAGCAGGCCAAGGCAGAGGCGGAGGCGUCGACGCGCGCAAGGAGGGAACAGAUCCGGGUGCUUGUUGAGCAGGUGAACAGCGAGCACCUUCCUUCAGAUGCCGAGGGCCACGAGCAGUUUUUCAUGGAGGAGGUGAGCAAGGGUGAGCAUCUGCUGCAGGACGAAUCCAAGAGCAUGGAUGCCGCUCUGUGCUUUUUCAGGGCGUUGAAGGUGUAUCCUACGCCCGAGGAGUUGAUUAAUAUCUAUGAUAAGACGGUUCCUAAGCAUGUACUUGAUAUCCUUGCCGAAAUGAUUGCACUUGACCAGAGCGGCUUCAGGUCAGGCCGGAGAUCGCAGCCCAGCGUCGCCACCGAAUUCGAGGGCGAGGUCUAAACGUCACCAUCGCUUUGGGCGCGCGGCGGUCUUGCUUUCAGCUUAUGGGUUGAACAGACCAAGGUCUGGGCAUGGGAUAGAGCGAGAGGCGAAAUGUUGCACGGCGCCACACUCGAAGGGGAAUGGGAUGAAAAAGAGAAGCAAUCUCGAUUUGUGGUUUGGUGAAAUGUUAUGGGCGUGAAAGACAGAGCAAAGUACUGGCGAGCAUUCACGGCAUUUGUUCUUUUGGGGCGUAUUGAACUGGGAAAAGAAAACGCCGGUUUUUGAAACGAAGUCUUCGCAGCCGUUGUAUUAACAUGGGCUCUCUAAUACCGCAGCGAAUGGCAACGCAGUGCGCGCGUGCGGGUUGUGUAUAAAUACGAUUCGGGUCGGGACGAUGUAUAGAAAGCAUGGAAUGCAUAUUACCUCUCUCCAAA